AUGGCGACCGCAGAGCCUUGGACAGUCACCCUAGAGCCGCUUCCCGAUAAUGCCCUCAACAUCGCUUGUCCGAUCAAGAUGAUACUCAUCUGGGCGUUGAAAAAAGGCUUGGUGUACGGAACAGCUAUUGAACAGGUUCUCCAGCACACCUCACAACAGCCUGGUGGAAAGGUCCUUUACAAAUACCCAGAUCGCCCAAUUUUCUCCACCUUCGAGUCCCCUCGUGCUCUUACCCCAACUGACGAUCUGCUUUUGUCAGUUGUUGGACACCUAGGCCGCGUCAAGGACAUGGCGAGCAGAGAUGGCGUGAAAACAAGGUUUACUGCUCAUGGUAUACGAAGAGGAGCUGCACGGGAUGCAGCACCCUUGGACAAGCCUAUGGAAGAGGUAGAGGGUCACCAAGCUGAAUCGACUGUUGAUGAGCUUCUGAAUCAAGAGCCUGAUGCUUUUGUCUCCUGCUUCUCUCGUAUCAACGCCGUUCAAUCGUCGGGCAGCCCCUUUAUCAUCCCGGAGGCAAUUCGUGGUAACAGCCGAGACGAGCCACAGCAAUUUCUCCUGGUGUGUCAGUUCGAUCCAAGAAAACUCAACAAAAGAAGCGAAUAA